AGUGAAUGAUGUGCAAACGUUACCAGAAGGAUUAGGAUUGCUGACCAGGUUGUCAGAUGGGGCAAUGUCUCGGUAUACGAGGUACUUGCGGGUGACGGUGGGAGGUACAUGAUGUGACUCGCGGGUCGUUAUCAAGACAUGGACGAUCAAGAGGGAAGAGAGUACAGGCCUGGCGCGAUGGUGGACUCACGAUGACUUCGAUGUCUGACAGCGGGCUGUCUGGUUCUAUUACUCACGAAGCUUCCCAGAGCAGUACGGCACUUCAAAAUGUUCGACCAUCUGCCACGAGCAGCAGUUCUAGCUCCCACAACGCUCUUCAUCUGCUACGUCGUAUACCUCGUGUGGGAAGCAGUUUCACCACGGAGCUUGCCAAAUCUGCCUGUAGUCGGGUCGAAGCGAACUGACUGGCUCCCUCUGUUCCAGGCACGAUGGAGGAACUCGACUAACUACGGCGCUGUUGCGAGCGAGAUCAACACAAUCUACAAAGACAAGCCAUGCCUGGUCCCCGUGGGCGGGAGCGAAACAAUCGUGCUUCUUCCUGCAUCCGAGACACAGCAUAUUGUUGAUCAAUCCGAUGCCGUGCUCAACAUGCCGCAACCAAUGAUCCAAGGUCUUCAAUGGAGAUACACCGUUCACAACCGGAUCGUCUAUGAAGAGCCCCUACACCUGAAGAUUGUGUCUAGCAAUCUGACGCACCAACUGGGCAACUUGAUACCAGACAUGGCCACGGAAGCACAACUGGGCCUGGACGAGCUGUGGGACGCAGAUGCUCCCGAGUAUCGAGAGGUCGUCGUCUUUGAGACCAUGAGACGCAUCGUCGGACGGAUCAGCAAUCGUGUUUUUGUCGGUCUCCCUGUAGGAAGAGAUCCGGCGCUCGUGGACGCCGGUACCUCCUAUGCUGCGGCUCUGCCCCAAGAGGCCGGCAAGAUUAGAAUGUAUCCAUCGUUUCUGAAGCCUCUCGUUGCGCCCUUCUUUACAAAGAAGACGUGGGAGCACACGCAGACAUUUUAUCGGCUUCUCAAGCCAGAAAUCGAUCAGAGGCUGCAUGAAUAUGAGCAAGGGGCAUCGAAAUCGACUGGCGGAAAUCUGAACCGAAACGACUUCCUCGAAUGGUCCAUUCCGCAGGCCAAGGCCCAUCCAAACCCUGCUAUGGCUGAACCAGCUACGCUGGCCGGGCGAGUGCUGAUGCUUAACUUUGGUGCCAUUCACACAACCUCUUUCACAUUGACACACGCAUUGUUCGACCUCUUCAGCUCGUCCCAAGACCACGUGGAUGCUCUGCGAAAGGAGAUAUUGAGCGUGCUCAGUGAGCAUGGCGGCGAGUGGUGUAGAAAGUCUCUCGCACGGAUGGAGAAACUCGACUCUGUGGUUCGCGAGAGCCUCCGUCUCAACAUGGCCAGCACGUUUGGCGUACCUCGCCUGGUUGUGGGCAAGGACGGUUUCGCCACGCAAUCUGGCAUCCACAUACCCAAGGGCAAUGUCAUAGCGGUACCGGGCAAGAAUAUCGCCAGAGACGACGUUUUCUUCGCUGAGGCGGAGACAUACAAACCGUUUCGGUUCGUUGAGAAUACAGGGAAAAGCGAGACAGUGCCUGUCAAGAAGGCCAAGGCGGCUGCUGCUACCACCACGGCGGAUUAUUUGCCGUUUGGACACGGAAGGCAUGCCUGUCCGGGGCGUUUCUUUGCCGUGGCUCAGAUGAAGCUGGUGCUUGGCUACCUGAUUAUGAACUAUGAUAUCGAAAUGCUGUACAAACGGCCGGCGGAUAUCUACAUUGGCGUGGCCAAAUUGCCGCCCAUGGCUUCGGAGCUACGCGUUCGCAGGAGGAAGAUGAUAGUAGCUUAGCCUAAGCAUGUUAAUACAUGAAAUCUUUCGCGUG